CACUUCUCGUUCUCAAUCUCUCAAAUUUUGCAUUCAAUUUUGCUCAUUUCAAUAUUCAUUUCAUUGCUUUUUGUGACCAAUCGUUUUCUAUAUGUUCAUGUUCCGUUUGGCUGGUGAGAAAAUCUGGCCAACCAUUUUCAACCUCAACAUUUUUACUUAUGGCAAGUCACAGCUUGAAGCCUUACACCGUUUCCAUUUGGGGAUAUUUUACGUUUUUCAUAACUCGAAGGACACAGAGGUUCAUGGAUGCAAGGCAGCUCCACGUUCAUGACACUUUUUCCAACAAUGGAAGGACUCAGUCCCCGUUGCAUUCUGUGUUUCCCACAAAACCAGAAGUUACCUCCAUAGAGGAUCUUUUUGAAUUUAUAUGCUUAGGUCCCCUUCUAAACAAACUGGGUCUGACCUCGGAGAUGGUGGCCGAGUCUAUUGACCAGUGGUUAGCUUAGGGAUUACAUCAACUCAAUGAACUCUAUCUGACAAUACCUCAGAAAGCUAGAUUUUAUCACUACUACAUACCAGUCUUCGUAUGGUGUGAACAACAGAUUUCUCAUCACAGGUCCAUGUUUAAAGAGGGAGAAGAUGUUACUCCUUUAGUGAUUGGUUUUAGUGCUCCACAAGGAUGUGGAAAGACUACGCUCGUCUUUGCUCUAGAUUACCUUUUCCAAAUCACUGGCAGGAAGUCUGCUACAAUCUCCGUUGAUGAUUUCUACUUGAUCGCAGAGGAUCAGGCUAAAUUGAGAGAAAGUAAUCCAGGAAAUGCUCUUGUAGAGUUUCGUGGAAAUGCUGGAAGCCAUGAUCUUUCAUUAUCUGCUGAAACAUUGACUGCUCUAAGCAAACUGACUAAAGAAGGUAUGAAGAUGAAGCUACCCCGACAUGAUAAAUCUGCAUAUAAUGGUAGGGGUAACAGAGCUGAUCCUUCAACAUGGCCAGAAGUUGAAGGGCCUCUAUUGGCUAUUCUGUUUGAGGGUUGGAUGCUUGGUUUUAAGCCCCUUCCGGUUGAAGUUGUCAAAGCUGUCGAUCCACAGCUGGAGACAGUGAACAAAAAUUUAGAAGGUUAUUAUGAUGCGUGGGACAAGUUCAUAAAAGCAUGGAUAGUUAUCAAGAUCAAAGACCCAGAUUGUGUCCACCAGUGGCGAUUGCAGGCAGAAGUCGCAAUGAGAGCAGGUGGAAAGCCCAGGAUGUCUGAUGAGGAGCUUAUGGACUUUGUUUCGCGAUAUCUCCCAGCAUACAAGGCUUAUCUCCCGACACUGUACUCCAAAGGCCCCACCGGUGCUGAUCUAGACAAUCUCCUUCUCAUUGAAAUCAAUGAAGGAAGGAAUCCCAUCCUCGGUAACUAGGUAUAACCAUCCCGAUAAUUAUUUACGUGAAGUCCUUUUGAUUUUUGAAAAUUGUGUCACUGCCAUAGGAUUGCAUUCGGAUAGAGCAUAACCAUCUGUAGUGUAAAGUAGUCAUAUUUGCGUCUGAUUCAGUUUCAAUGUAAACGAAAUGAGGCUACGCUUUUUAAAUGAAAGAAAGAAAAAAAAUCUGUUUCUGGUGGUGGUUGAAAGCAUGUUAAAGUUGAUAAUGGUGAAUUAGGAGAAGAAACCAAUACUCUUUACAGACUAUUAAGGCUCCGUUUGGAUAAAUAGAUUUGAAAUUACGGGAAUUGAGGUUUAAACUUUGUAAAAUUCUAGGAAGGUUAAUCAAUGGAUGUAGAUAGCUAAUUCUGAAGUAAAAGAUGACAUACAGAUAGGAGAGAUAAAUUUUGUUAGUAUAUUCUUACAAGUAUAAAUAGAAUCAUUGAGUGAAGGAUUUCAAAUAAAUAUGUUCAUCAAGGAUUUCGAAUAAAAUGCUCAAAUCUAUUCUUGAAAUCUAAAUCUAAAAUACUAAAUUGAAUUAAAUGUUACAUCCUUGAAUGAGUGAUGUCAACUCCAUUCAUUUCAAAUUCAUAAAUGCAAACGCAAUCUAACAGUAAGGGCGAUUUCUGUUGCAAGUGAAACUAAGAAUUUGGAGUUAGUCCAUACAGUAUAAAGCUGUAAACCCUUAUUUUUCUUUCUAAGCGAAUAAAAAAAAAAAAAAAAAAAAAAAAA